AUGACUCCUUUGAAGGUUCUAAUCAGCGGCAAUGGAGUCGCAGGGCCAGCUCUCGCUUACUGGUUAUCGCUCACCGGAGCCAAAAUAACCCUUAUUGAACGAUCCCGUGCUCUACGGCUCGGUGGUCAGCAGAUAGAUAUUCGCACUCCGCAGGCUAUAGAAUUGGUCAAGCGAAUGGGCAUCCUUGAGCGCAUCCGAGCAGCAGGAGUUAACGAGCUAGGCAUGCAGCUCGUUGACCGUAACGGCCGAUCCACAGCUUUUUUUCCCGUUGCGCCAAAAGGUUCACGAGCGCAGAGCUUUACAUCAGAGUUUGAGAUCAUGCGCGGCGAACUGGUUAGAAUUCUAAAUGGACUUACUGAUAACAAUCGAAACGUCAAACGCCGCUUUGGAGUUUCCAUGGAGAGUUUCACACAAGAUAGCGAGAGCAAUCCUCAAGGCAAGGUCCACGUGAAGUUUGAUAACGGCCGAGAGGAGAAAUUUGACCUCGUCGUUGGUGCCGAUGGGAUUGGGUCAAAGACACGUGAAGCCAUGCUAGGCCCAACUUACGACGUUUCCGAUCUGCGGCGCCAGCUCGGGGGUUACGUCGGAUACUUCAGCGUUCCAUCCGAUCCAGAAAAAGACGAGUACAAAGCAACUUUCUGCCAUCUGCCGGGAUCGCGCGUUAUCGGGUCAAGAAAGGAUUGUGACGAGCUCUUACGAGUAUAUAUACUUCUACGAGGGGAAAAUUCUGCUCUUGAUGCGGCACUCAAAUCGGGGGAUCAGGCACAGCUAAAGUGUGCUAUAGCUGGUUUGUACCAGAGCGACGCAUGGCAGUGUAAUCGGUUCUUGGAGGCGCUGCCUGCGGCGGAUGACCUGUACUGCACGCGGAUUGAGCAAGUCUGGCUGCCUGAAGGGCGGUGGUCUCAGGGCCGAGUGGCACUGCUUGGCGACGCAGCCUAUGGCUAUACCGCUAGCGGUUACGGCUGUGCCUUGAGUUUAGCGGGUGCCUAUUUCCUAGCGGGUGAGAUUGCGACAUCGUACAAGGAAAAUAAAUCGUCACCAACAGCUGCCGUGAUGAAAGGGGCUACAAACUACGAAAAAAAAUUCCGACCCAUCGCCGCUGCGUCGCAAAAUAGUAGCCCUUGGCUUGAUAGCAUGCUCUAUCCAAGAACGAAGAUUGGAAUUUGGGUUUUGCAUCGAUUGGCGGAACGAUGGGCGAAAGUGGCGUCGAAUCUGAACCUUCAUCAGGCAGCAGGCAAAGACUGGCAGCUCCCAUGCUAUGAGCUGCAAAAAAAAAAAAAAAAGGAGGUGAAGCGCGAAAGGAGCCCGCUCCCCUGA